UGUGUCAGUUAACCAAGUUUCAUGUGAGUUGGCAUGUUUAGGAACGUGCAUUUAGGAUCGAGUUCUGGUAGGAACGGAAGGAUAUAGAUUAGCAUCGCUGAUAUUGCAAAAUUGUUUAUUCCAAUGGCGGCGUUUGGACCAGCCCCCUUCUCGGGUAUUCUGUGGCUUCCUCUCCUACUGGCCUUCACUCUUCAUCACCAUCAUCAUCCAACAUCGGCAAAGACCUCGACCAAGGGGGAUUCGGCUGAGUAUGCCGGUCUUCGAGAUGGAUGGUGUGCUGUCCGCAAAGGUGGUGGCGGGUUGCUGCUCGACUGUCUCAACGCACCAUUCAAUGAAGUCCUUCAAAAAGUCCGUGCGGUUGGUAAAGAAAUAGUGUCUGUAAGCGCCAGACACUGUUGGCCGAGAACGGCCGUUAGCCUUGAUGGAUCCGUUUUUAUAAACAGUACAAACCUGAGGGAAGUUUCCCUUACGGACUGCGCUUUGGAGAAUAUUGCAGAUGGUACAUUUUCGAGACUACGACACUUAAGGAAGAUUAUCUUACAUUCGAAUAUAAUUGCUGCGUUCACAGCAGAAACAUUUUCAGGUCUUGGUAAUCUUACAAAACUAGACCUAGACUACAAUCAGAUCUUGACUCUCUCAACGAAACCAUUUGCGAAUAUGAUAAACCUUGAAAUGCUGAGCAUGGACCAUAACAAGAUAACAAGGAUAAGUAAUGACACAUUUUAUGGCCUCUCCAAACUUAAGACUCUAAGUCUUCGAUACAAUUUGAUUGAUUCUAUCAAUCGAAGUACAUUUAGUGUGCUUCGUAGUCUCACGGGACUUCUGUUAGGCCAAAAUAAACUUGAAAAAAUCACGAAUGGAACAUUCCAGGACAUCGCCAACAUCACACAGUUAAGUCUAUCUGGGAACCCUAUACAACAUUUAGACGAGUCUGCAUUUAGCGACUUACCAAUGAUUACACACCUGGAUCUGUCUGACAUAACUGCAUUAUUUGUGAACGAUCCUCAACUGUUCCUUUUCAAGGGGUUAACAAAACUGAAAGCUCUUGACCUGAGCGGGGUAUUGCUGACUUUCUUUCGGAGCAGUGAACCUAGUAUUUUGUUUCAGGAUCAAACUAACUCACUGAAGGAGUUAUACCUUCAGGGCACCGAGCUUACCAAUGGCCUCUUACAAAUGUUAAAGAACCUAACACGCUUGGAAGUGCUGUUCAUAUCUGAUAACCUAGUCGGGUAUAUCAAGCGUACAUCAUUACCAAAGCUGGCUUGGAAUGGCACUCUCUACCUUAGUAGGAACAUCAUUUCUUAUAUUGACGACACGGCAUUUGAAGGGAUGCAGAAGGAGUCCGUGAAAUUGGACAUGAACCCCCUUGACUGCAGCUGUAAACUUGCCGCUUUUUCCCGCUGGCUGCGAAGUUCUAAAGGAGCUGUUGUGGCUGACCGUCAUCACGUCCUCUGUGGAAGUCCAAUUGGCUUAUACGGAACUAAGGUGAUUGAAUACGACCCGUAUUGGUGGCAGUGUAGUGAGUAUAUGCCUCUGGUUGCUUUGGUGUUCAUCGUUGGAUUCCUCCUGAUAGUUGCUCUGAUAGUUCUUAUCGUUUAUUGUAAUCGGAUCAACCUGAAGCAUUGGCUGCUCGAAAGGCGAGUUGUGUCCAUGCCGACUGAAUCAAACCUGGAACCACCGACUGAAAGCGCUCCUCUCCUAAACCCAGCCAUGUGCAGGAAUUCGGUGAGACAGGGUAAAACUGGUGCAUACAUAAUCCACGACAUAUACGAGAGGUCCAUGCUGGACUGGGUGAACAAGUACCUAGAAGACCAGUUAUUCAACCAUCCUAUGAAAAUCACUCUCCAGUUCCCGGCAGGUCCUGAGGUAAUUCCGCUGUGGAAACAGAUCAAAGACUUCAGCUUCCAGGUCAACUCAUUCCUCGUCCUCGUCACCGACCAAUUCCUGGUGAACCAUUGGCCGGAGAUUGCUGAGAAGAGCAGUGUGGAGAAUAUCAUGAAGUGUGUGUUCGUGCUACACGGGAAGAAGGCAAGUGAGCUGCCAAAGGAGAUGAAGCGGUUGCAGUGUCCGUGCUUCCAGUGGCCGGAAACUGGCACACGAUUCACGACACUGGAACGAGAACGGGAUCAGUUCUGGAAACAAGUACGUCUCGCAGUGAAGGCGACCAGCUAGGGUGAUACACCAUUACAUCACAAAUGAAUAUUCAAGUCUCCCAUUGUGAGUGCAGUGAGCUUUGGCAGCCGCUGUUCAGUACUUAGCACCCAAGAGAAUCUUACAAGACAAUGCAUUUCAGGAUUUAACUGGGCAGUUAUCAGUUGACAGUCUCAUAAUAGUCUAGCCUAUUUCCGUAUCGAGCCAUGUACAGUCAUUCAUCCAAGCGCUGUGUAAGCAUGGUACCAGACUGUGCGUGACUUCUAUACAGCAUAUUGUACAGUUAUAAGUUAAAUAUUCAAGUUCAAGCAUGCAGAAGUUACGACAGGGAUCAAUAACGAAUCAGUGCAUGCAAAAGCAACUAGGUUCCUCAUCUUGUUCACUUUUGCUUAUGACCUACGAUUGUUGCCUACAUUGAUGACGCUAGGAGUGAUACCGCCUACUUAUCGGCCAACAGACUAGAUGGUCGACGUAUAUCGUUCAGAAUCUGCAGAACACCACGUUAAUAAGAGUGACUCCGCAAGUGGGCUCCCCGGUCGCAAUAGCUUAUUUCCUUCCAUCCCCAGGAGAAAUCUGGCAGUAUUAAACUCCUUUAUCAUUCCUUGAUCCAGCAGCCAUCAUUUCGGAAUGAAUCAGGACAUUGUCAGUGGUGCUUUGCCAUAUUUAGCUGUCGAAGAUCAAGAAUUCUAACGUUAUGUGAACGUCUACAGGUUUUAUUAAACCGCUCAAUCAUCCCAAAUAUCUACGUGCUGCCCUAGUGAACCAGAAUGAAAUUCAAUAAUUUUGAUUUGUUCAUCCUCAUUGCGUCCUUGUGAGGAUAGAAGGAUGGGCACGUGUAGUCAUCGUAUGGUCUGUUUGAAAUAAAAAUUCGAAACAUGCAAAAGGAAGAUGUAUGAGUUCCUCUGUUGAUGUGCAGCGAAAUGUUCACAAAGAUCCUUUGGCUGGAGCAUCGGAAAUCUCGGAUAGUUGCGCUGCAUAAUAUAAAGAUAAUAUGAUUAUUUUACAAAGGACAUUUUUAUCGGAGAUAUAUAUUGAAGUAGUAACUCGUUGUAGUUGUUGUUAACAAGUACCAGAGAUUGGACAUAUUCCUUCCUGGCUGCAGAUCACACCACAGUAGUACACGA